AUGUCCCGCUCCUUCUACGUCGACUCCUUAAUCAUCAAAGACUCCUCGAGGCCGGCUCCGUCCCUGCCUGAGCAUCAUCACGGCCAGGACUUCUUCAUCCCUCUCAGCAUGCCUUCUCCCCUCGUCAUGUCGGUGUCGGGCCCGGGCUGCCCGUCCCGAAAGAGCGGCGCCUUCUGCGUGUGCCCGCUCUGCGUCACCUCGCACCUGCACUCCUCCCGUGGCGGCAGCGGCGGCGGCGGGGCCAUCCCUCUGCUCAAGAGCCAGUUCCCCACCGCCGCAGGCGAGGCCCAGUGCUGCCCGCGGACCGGCCACGCUCACCACCCGCCGCAGCACCCGCCGCCCGCCGCCUCGGUGCCCGCCGCCGCAGCCCUGGGACACCCUACGCAUCACCCACCUGCCUGCGCCGCCACCACCUACAGCGUCAGCGACCCCCGGAGGUUUCACUGCCUCGGCAUGGGAGGGUCCGAAUCCAGCCAAAUUCAAAACGGGAAGCGUAUGAGGACAGCUUUUACUAGCACUCAGCUCUUGGAGUUGGAGAGGGAAUUCUCCUCCAACAUGUACCUGUCCCGGCUGCGGAGGAUCGAGAUAGCCACGUACCUGAACCUGUCCGAGAAGCAAGUGAAAAUCUGGUUCCAAAACAGGAGGGUGAAGCACAAGAAAGAAGGUAAAGGCACCCAGCGAAACUCGCACGGGGGCUGCAAGUGCAGCACAAGCCAGGGGCAUUACCCCCGGUCGGAGGACGAAGAGUCUCUAUCCCCCUCAUCGGCUACAGAGGAUAAAGAGGUCUCCCCGUUAUGA